CUCAUGGCGUCCGGCCCGGUGCCGCUCCUGCUGCUGUUAAUCGUCGCCGGAUGCAGGGGGGAUUCGAACGCUGAUGCCAAGCGAUUAUACGACGACCUCAUCAAUGGCUACAAUUCCCUCAUCCGGCCAGUGGGGAACAAUUCUGACCGCCUUACGGUCAAAAUGGGACUCAAGUUGUCCCAGCUCAUUGACGUGAACAUCAAGAAUCAAAUAAUGACUACAAAUGUAUGGGUUGAACAGGAAUGGAACGACUAUAAACUUCGCUGGGAGCCGGAGGAAUACGGAGGAGUUUCGAAGCUUCACGUGCCUGCUGAGCAAAUCUGGCUUCCAGAUAUAGUGCUCUACAAUAACGCUGAUGGAAACUAUGAAGUAACCAUAAUGACUAAAGCAAUUCUACAUUUUGACGGUCAAGUCAUUUGGAAGCCUCCAGCGAUUUACAAAAGCUCCUGCGGCAUUGACGUGGAAUACUUCCCAUUUGACGAGCAAACCUGUUUCAUGAAAUUUGGUUCCUGGACAUACGAUGGAUACACAGUUGAUCUCAAGCACAAAUACCAGACAGCUGACUCUAACAAGAUCCCUAUGGGAAUUGACCUAAGCGAAUUCUACCUUAGCGUGGAGUGGGACAUCAUGGCGGUUCCAGCAGUUCGAACUGAAAAAUUCUACAGCUGUUGCGAGGAGCCUUACCCCGACAUCACCUUCAACAUCACCUUGAGGAGGAAGACCCUCUUCUACACCGUCAACCUCAUCAUCCCCUGCGUCUUCAUAUCGUUCUUGUCAGUGUUAGUCUUCUACCUGCCCUCCCAUUCGGGCGAAAAGGUCAGCCUGUCCAUAUCCAUCGUGCUGUCCCUGGGAGUGUUCUUUCUACUGCUGUCCGAAAUCAUUCCACCUACAUCCCUGACAGUGCCCCUGCUGGGAAAGUACCUGCUCUUCACGAUGAUACUGGUGUCCUUUUCCGUGUUUGUCACGAUUGCAGUACUCAACGUGAAUUUCAGAUCCCCCUCAACUCACAAAAUGGCGCCAUGGGUUCGAAGAACCUUCAUCGACUUCUUGCCUCGUCUCCUCUGCAUGCAGAGGCCGGAGAACCCGGAAGACAACAACAAGCUGUCGGUCGACACCAGCAACUUCAACAACGGCCAUCCACUGCAUCAGGUCGACUACGUCGAAAAGCCCUCCGUCAUCGACUACGAAUGCGGAAGCUACGGACCGGCCUAUCCGGUGGACGACCUAAGACUGGGACUGGGUCCGGACAUCAACGGGUCCUCGCUGGACGGCGUGAAGCCCACGUCGCCGGACAUCGAGAGGGCCGUGCUUAAUGUCCGGUUCAUCGCCCAGCACAUGGAGAACUUGGAUAACUUCAAUGACAUCGAGAGUGACUGGCAGUAUGUUGCGAUGGUCCUGGAUCGUCUGUUUCUGUGGAUCUUCACGAUAGCCUGCAUUGUCGGAUCAGGAUGGAUCAUCCUCUGUGCCCCUGCUCUCUAUGAUGACAAACAGCCGAUAGAUAUCAUGUUCUCGAAAGUGGCGCCACGUAUCCGAAGGCUGCUCAGAAACUGAAGCCAGGAAUAGGCUCUACCGGAAGACUUUUGCAAACGAUUUAUUUUAGUGAAGAGACUCGCGAGAUACUUGAGGUUUAUGCGCGUUGAUUAGUCUCAGAUAAAUAACAAUAAAGGAAAGGAAAAAAUUAUUUGUAAAAAGCGUCAAAAAUUUUGUAAUAAAAUAUGAGAAGUUAAAAGGUGCAACGUAUUCAAAAGUACGAAUAAAACUUAUGAAAAUUGAUCUGAAAUUUCAGCAGCUGUUUUGA